GCUCGCUCCGUCGCAACUCCGUCUUUUCUGGGGGCCUCGGCAACUCCGCGCUUGUCAACCUCACCUCUCUCACUUACACCUCUUCAUCCUAACAACAUCCGUCCCUCGGUGGUCUCUCAACGUCGUUCUCCUUCGAGAUACAUGUAAGAGACAAAAGACUUUCCGCAAGUUUCAUCGUCUCAUAACAUUGUAUUCACCGAUACGUAUUUGACCUACGCAUCCAAACAGCCAUGGCAGCAACGCACAACCCGAUGCGGGCAUCCACCCCGCCGCCCGCCGUCUCCAAGACGACGAUCCACAUGUCGGGUCUCCUCUGUGACGUCUACGGUCUCGAGGAGCUCGUCGCGCGCAAGCAGAAGCCGUCGGCGGUCUCGUGUCUUUGGCUUCAUCAUCCGCGUUUGCGUGCAAAGGAGGACAUGGUUGAUAUCGCGAGCCGGGUGAUUUCCCAAUGGGAGGAGACGUCGUCGUCGUCUGGAAGUACCAGGGCCCUCAUUACCGUGGCGUUUGACCAGCAGAACCACGGCACCAGGACAGCGUCGGCGACGGCACGGGAUAGCUGGCGCGAGGGGAACAAGACGCACGCGCUGGAUAUGUGGGGGAUGGUUUCGGGCAUGGUGGCGGAUACGAAGGGGUUGUUGGAUGUUGUGGAGGGGUAUGUGAAGAUGGAGCUGGGGCAGAGAAGGAAUGGGGAGGCGGCGGAGGAGGGGUGGGAGAUUGAUCAGCAUCUUGUGUUGGGUGUUAGUUUGGGUGGGCAUAGUGCGUGGCAGACUUUGUUUAGGGAGGAGAGGGUUGAGGCUGGGGUUGUUAUUAUUGGGUGUCCUGAUUAUAUGGCUCUCUUGUCGGACCGCGCGAGGUUAUCCAAGCUAGCAUCCUUUUCCGCACAAGACAACGGCGCCUCGUUCCUGGGCAGCAGAGACUUUCCCCGCGACCUCGUGGCUUCUUGUCUGCGUCAAGACCCCAAGGGUAUCCUCUUUGGCACCGGUGCGGUCUCGGAACGGGCCGCCAGCCUCACCAAAGACGAACAGGAGCGUCUGCGCGGCGUCCUGGACGGCCUCCACCUACACGGCAAGAAAUUCCUCAUCUGCUCCGGCGGCGAGGAUAAGUUGGUGCCGUACGCCAUGUCGGCGCCCUUUGUGGAGUUCUUGACGGCUGCUACGGGGACGUGGUAUGCUGAUGCCGGGGUCGAGGUUGAGAAUAAGGUGUAUGAGGGGGUUGGACAUGCGUUUAGUCAGGGGAUGGUGGAGGAUUCGGUGAGGUUUUUGGUUGGGGCUGUUGCUGGGAAGGAUGCUGGGGCGGGAGCUGGGGAGAAGUCGAAGAUUUGAGAGAUACAGAGAGCAGAGCAGAGUAUGCUGAGGGUUCAAGGAGGUUGAAGAAAAGGGGUUGAAUAUGUAUAGAUACCGUCUUAAGCCCACGGCCUCCUUGCAUCUUCUACAAGCGCCUCAUGCCCGUCUACAAAUCUCGUAACGAGCCCACUCUGUCUCCUCUCCCCCUCGCUCACGAAUAAAACAUCUCCCAAACCCCACGGAUUCCUCGCCCUCCUCUUGCCCGCUAGACUCGCGCCCACGCCGUGCGGGUCAACCGUCCACUCGUCCGCGGCGUGUUUUACGCCCGCGAUGGCUCCCGCUUUGGAACCGUCACCACGGUCCUCCUCAUCAUCAUCCUCGUCGUUUCUCCUCUCCCCGGGGGUAGCGUUGGUC